GACAAACACGCACACCGGCUAAGCAACAAGUGCGGAAAUGUACGCAACGUCGUCUCCGCGCGUCCAAGCUACCCAAGACUGCAACGAACUUGAAAGACCUGGAACAAGCUGCGUGCGCUUUCAGAGAAGGACUUCGGGUACUGAACAUUUAUGUUUGCACGUUCGAUCGGCUUGUGUCCGUUAUAUGUAUAUGCGCUAAUUGCGCCGCGCCUGCAAUUAUCUCGCCCGGAAGCCAUCGUUCUCCACUUUAAAAAAAAUGAAGAAUAACAAACACUUCAUGUCUACGGUUCAUGGCGGGCCGAGGGGUUUAAUUAAACUUAGCUUGAUGGCUUGGUCUAAAUAUAGUAAAUAUAGUAAAUAUAGUAUGCACGAUUGGGGCACAUCUUCUAGAGUUCGAGUAUAAGCACUUUACCGUCCACAUAGUGGCGCACUCUAUGGUCUUUUUUUUUUUCAGACUGGCUUUACGGCUUCAUUCCAGUUGCCCCAAUGACCAACGUCUUAUUGGUUUCCUUUCAUCAUUGACAAUGACUGCGCAUGCGCGAUCAUUCAACAACGUUCUGUCUCAGAAAGACGCUAGUGCUCCAGAGCGUCAGCAUCAGGCAUGACUGAAGAAAGAAACGGUGGACGCAUGCCUCAUGCAUUUACCUUCAGCGACGAAGCACCCCAUAUUACAAACCAUAAUGACGCCAAGGGUGCUUCAGCCAUAUGCGACGAUUACACUACGAUUUGUGACGACUCCUUCGAUGACCUAUGGAACGCGUUGAACAGCCAGACCAAUGCCACUGACGACAACGAUGUCGCUCACGGCGGAAGCACCUGUUACCCGAAUGUGGUGUCCAACAGCAGCGCCGAUCACGCCUGGCCCAGUACAAGCCUCCCUGGCACGGAGAAAGCGCCGUCCAUACCGGAAGACAUCGCGAUAACACGCCGAGAAGACAGAAAACGGAAGCACCGACUACACGCUUCCGGUCUACAGCACCAGCGGCGGCAGCGGCGGUGAAGUGGCCA